AUGGUCAGAAAAUUGCCUCGAAGAGCUCCGAUGACCUCCAAGCGAGGUCAUGAAUAUUAUAAGGGCACUGGAACGGGUGCCAUGGGAUGGCAUACUAAACGAGACGGGUAUAUUAUUGAUUGGAAUAAAGUUCGUACUUAUGUGGUUCCUCUCGAUUUGGAUACUUGUGAGCUUAAACCUUAUGUUUCUCCCAAGACACCAAAGUACAAAUACGACAUGACCCCAGUGAAAUAUUACAAUCUGAUCAAUGAAAAAUGGAAGCAGAAAUUCAAUAAUCCGAAACGCAAAAGUCCUGCUGUUGUUCAAUCGCGUGAUGAAACUCCAAUUCUUAUUGAUAACGAUAAGAGUCUAUAUAACUUAUUGGGAUCAACAAAAUUUAACUUUGGAGCAACUCCUGGAAUUGACUACUCUUCUCUGUCAAUUUGGGCAUUUCGAUAUAUGAAUAUUUUACGCUUUUAA